AUGGGGACCAUGAGUGCUGUGUCCUUCCUGGGAGUCCUCCUCCUCCUCCUCCUGAACUACCUACUGAUCCUCUUUCCUGGCCUCUCCUGCCACAUUCAGGAUUUCACUUUCCUACUAGAGAGGGGUUUCUCCUCCUACGAAGUGAUCAUCCCCAGGCAACUGGGGACCCGCAGUGGAGACCCCAAGGUGGCCAGCCAGGUAUCCUACCUCUUGCAAAUGGAGGGGGAGAAGCACGCUGUUCAUUUGCAGGUCAAGAAGCUUUUGCUGUCCAGACACCUGCGGCUUUUCUCCUUCACAGAGUGGGGAGCCCGCCUGGAGGACCAACCUCACAUCCCGGAUGACUGCAGCUAUGAAGGUUAUGUGGAGGGCUUCCGGGAUUCUCAGGUUACCUUAAAUACCUGCUUUGGGGGGCUUCGAGGGAUACUGGACAUGAAUGGAAACCAUUACCAAGUGGAGCCCCUGAAAAAUUCCACCACAUUUGAACACUUAUUAUAUCGGCUCAAGGAGGAGGUGACCACGAACUGGACCUGUGGCCUAACUGAUGAGGAAGUAGCCCGCCAGUCAGCCCACAGCCAGAUCCCAGAAGUUCUUAGCAAGAUAGAUUUUUCCGAGUCCUAUAUACACCUGAAGUAUGUGGAGUUGAUGCUUGUGAUGGACCACAAGAGGUAUCUGACUAGGUUCUCCAAUAUGACCCAGGUGAUUGUCGACUGCCUCACUUUGUCGGGGAUAGCAGACACAUACUUUAAGACCCUGAAAAUGCACGUUCAGCUAAUAGCCAUUGAAGUAUGGAACGACAAAAAUAAAAUAGAUGAAGAUGGGGAUAGCUUAUUACACGUUUUAAACUUAUUUUCUUUCUAUAAAAAAAAUAUUCUUUUUCCUCGAAUCCUCAUGGACUGGACUCACUUAUUCGUGGGCAAGUAUUUUGAAGACGCUGGAGGAUGGGCUUGGAUUUCUGGUGCUUGCAACUCCUAUAAGGGAUCCUCAGUAAGCAGCCUACCUUGGGAGGUCGAUCUUUACUAUGCUUUGGCAUUUGUUCAUGAAAUGGCUCACGGUUUUGGCAUUCUCCACGAUAAAGAGUUCUGUGUUUGUAGCGCAGAAAGGUGCCUCAUGGACGUUUUCAUGGGAGGGCGGACAUUCAGUAACUGUAGCUUUGACAGUUAUUUUAAUUUUGUCACCCAAAAGGGAAAAUGUCUCUAUAACAUUCCAGACAUGGUGUACAAGAUAGAAAAGUGUGGCAACAAAGUGGUGGAGCCUGGAGAGGAUUGUGAUUGUGGCUCCAAAGAAGAAUGUAGGAAAGAUAGAUGUUGUCUGCCAACUUGCAAAUUCAAACAAAGGGCCCAAUGUAAUUCUGGUCUUUGCUGUAAACAUUGCCAUUUUCAACCAUCCGGAAAGGUAUGUAGACCUAAGAGGACUGAGUGUGACCUUGAUGAGUUCUGCAAUGGGACCACCAAUCUCUGCCCAAAUGACUUCUAUAAACAAGAUGGUACCCCGUGUGACUAUAAUAAGACCGGCCUUUGUUACCACAAUGGUUGCCAUUCUCAUCUCCGGCAGUGUAGGAGACUUUUUGGCAAUAACGCCCACAAUGGCCCACCUGGCUGCUAUGUACAAAUCAACCGGGGUGACCGCUUUGGCAACUGUGGGUACACAGACAUUAAAUAUAAGCAAUGUAAACCUCAAGACAUAAUGUGUGGAAGAGUGCAGUGUGUCAAUAUAAGUGACAUACCUUCUAUGCCUGAUCACACUUCAAUAGUUCAGACCCUUCUUGGGAAUGUUAUAUGCUGGGGAACAGAUUAUCAUGCAUCGAUGGCGACAAUUAAGCUACCUGAUGUGGGAGAGGUAAAAGAUGGUACUCCUUGUGGCAAAGGGCUCAUCUGUAUUAACAAGUCUUGUCAGAGUACCUCACUUCUCAAUUAUGAUUGUGUUCCAGAGAAGUGCAACUCUCAAGGAGUGUGUAAUAACAGAAGGAACUGCCAUUGUGACUUUGGAUGGGCCCCUCCAUUCUGCACAGAACCUGGAUAUGGAGGAAGCAUUGACAGUGGCCCUCCCUCAAAAUGGAUGUGGAAAAUGAUUUUAUUCAGGUCCUUAGAGGCCUUUAAUUUUUCUUAUCCUAUCUCCUUUGUGUUCAUAUUUUUAUUGAUUUGGUAUAACUAUCUAGUAAAAAAAAGGAAAUUCUUAGUGAAGGAGACAUAA